UUUCACCUCCGGACCACCGGACCCGACGGUUGAACCCGCAUUCGAACCACGACGGUCGUGGACGGCGUCACCGGUGAUGUUCUACGCGCCCUGCACCGAGCGCUUGCCGCUGCGCGAGACGCUCGCCAGGUUCGGCGAGGAGAAGGCGCCGCUGCGAGAGGCACCUGAGAACUUGCCCGCAGUUCGCCCGAGAUCUGAGAUGCGGCAGGUCGAGGGCAGAUCGGGCGAGGACUGGGCGGUGCGCAGCUCGCCGUUGGAUCCGGCGGCCGCCGUCAAGUCGUUCCGGGAGGACGUCCGAUCCGAGGCCCGGCGCGACCGCGCGGGGAGUGAAAGCCGCACGCCGGAGAACAACGAGUGCGAGCGGCUCCGAGCGCAUUGCGAGGAGCUGCUGAGGUUGAACGCCUCCAUGAGACAGCAACAGAUGGAUAUCACGGUGGGGUCGUUUUCCGCCAAGUUCGACAACCUCAUCCGCGAGUUUUCACAAAUGAGAGGAUUCCACCAAACCUUGCGGAGCGUGGUGGAGACCUGUGCUUCAAGUCGCAAGGAGUUGAAAGACUUGCAAAACGUGGUGUCUCCCAUCUCGGAGAUGUCCAGCUUGAUGGAGCAGGCAGUGAUGAAGAUGCGGAGCUCCCUGCAGGAAGACAUGAAAAGCAUCGUCGAAAAGGAAGUCGCUGGCCUCAGGGAGCAGCUGGCGCGGAUUCACGAGAAUUCCACCAGGAUGGUGGGCCUCACUUUGGCCAACCGGAAGGACUUUGAUGAGCAUCGCUAUGGGCUGAGCAGUGGUGAGCUGGAUGAGCUGCUACAACUUUGUCGUGAAAGCAAAGAGCUCAUGAUCAGCAACACCUCAAAACUGGACAUCACCUGCGAGACCGUGGUGAGCAACAAGAGAUUAAUUGCUCAGAAUGCCGAGACCAUCAACGCCAACAAGCGGAGCAUUGAAGAAAACAGAGGCUUCAUCCAAUCGAACAAAGAUAUGAUUCGGGAUGAGCAGGAGAAGGCCAGGCAUGAGGCCGAGGCCGCUAUCAUGCGUGUCCAAUCUCUUCAAGAUGCACUCCGAACACAGGAGCACACCUUGGCAGAGCGGGCCGCCCUGGAAAAGGAGAUCUCCGACAGCCAACAGUAUCAAGAUGCCAUGGAGGCGGAGAUGAACCGACUUCAGGAUGAGCUUCAGGAGGGCAUGAAGGAGGAGAUGGAGGAUCUGAACUCGAAGAUCGAGGCCAUGCUCACUUCAGUGAACUGCCUCAUCGAGCGGAUCGACCGUCCGGUGCCGGAGCUCCGAGAGCAGCUGCGCUGCGUGGUGGAGAUCUCCCGGAGAGGUCACUUGGAAGUCAAUCUGAGCAACGGAGAUGUGAAGCUCAAACGUGGCAUCACCUUCAAAAAGAAGAAUCCUGGCGAUUCACCCAACGCCGAGUUCGAGAACGAAGACGAUGCCACGGAGAUUCUACAAGAUAUUGCAGACCUUUGGAAGAUGUUCAAGGUCCCUGUCCUCGUGGAGGGCCACACGAAAGACAUCGGCUCCGGCACUGACCAGUUCUGGCAAGAGGUGGCAAAUAGCCGCGCUGCACUUUGCGCUGCUACGUUGGGAGUCAUGGGAGUGAAUCUGGGUCAGGUCGUCUCCGUGGGCAAACCCGGCAAGUCAGGCCUCAACAAAGCGGCGCUGGUCAUGCACUUUGACCUUUUUCCUGACCUCAACUGAGGGAAUUCCCUUCGCCACUCCACUCGGCCCGGCCAAGCUGGUACCGAGCCCCCAGCAGCCAGUGUUUCAGAAAACCCGCGCGGCGCACGGUGUGGUUCGUAUGGUUUGUGGUCAAGUGGAUCGGCAACUUGCUGCAGGAGCCAAUUACAUCAAGCGUACGUGAUACAAGUAGCAAGCUGCAAACGGGCCAGAACGGAGGAAUAGUGCGGCCGGCCAGCCAAAAAGAAAGAACUAGGGAGAGAGGAAGAAUAACUAGUUGCAGCAGAAAACUUGCAGAACUUCUUGAUACUUCUUGGUUCAUCCCAGAUCACAACCUCUUAGAAUAGACCCGAGUCGAGAGGUAGAUUUGUAUAGAUCAUGUUUCAAGGAUCAUUUUGCCAAAGAGAGAGAUGGACAAGUUUUGCAAAAUGAUCAAUGAUUCAAAGGAUCAAUGAUGCGUGUUUCUGUCGUAUUUGUUUCGUUUACCAAGAUUUGUCGAUGGGGUUCUUUUCGGACCAGAGGGAAAAGAUUAAUGUGCCCAUCCUGGAUGUCAAUCCUCAACCAUUGGGAAGGGCUACAGGGGCUAGAGGAACGACGAUGAUCUUGGCUGCAACAGUCUCAUAUUCUCAUAUUAUAUGAUCCUUCUCACAAUAUCAUGACGGAGCUGCAUUACCAAGACACCAUAAGACACCUUUUACCUUAAAGAGUACGUUGCAGUUCCACACAGUCGAGGAGAUUGCUCUUGGACGCGAAAACUGGUCAAGGGCCAGGGGGUGAUCGGGAGUCCGAUUGAAACCCACACCCAAUCACACCCAUAUAUAUAUAUAUAUACUCCCCGAUGUAAUAUGUGUCUACACCAGCACAGCACCGGGCAGCCGGAGUGGCUUAUAGAGACCCCCCGAAAGCAUGUGCUGCGCUACCAAGGCACCUCCCAAAGCCCCAAACA